AUGGCGUCGAAUAGCCAUGGCCGCGGCACCGACAACGACAGCAGCGACAAUCAUGAUAACAACCGCUCGACGCAUCACUCGAUCCCUUUGCAAGAUCUAUCUGACCCGCCGGACCUGACCAGACGAAGUGGUGUGGGGAGAAGGAUACACUCGUUACGAAGAGGAUCCGUGAGGGAUUACGAGAGGGUCUCCGGGGACUCCCCGACGGAGAGUAAUGUCACAUGGCACAAUACCCGCCGCGAUCGAGCCCACUCCCAGAGCGAUGAUGACCUCCAGGAGGAUCCAGGUGCGUUUGCGAUGGCCACCGUUGGUCUCCAGCUCGAGCCACCGGAGAUCACCUUUACGCCGGCCCGCCGGCGCAGCGACAACAGCGAAUAUGAGAUGGGGAGUAUACGGUCGGACAGUCUCGCCAGCCCAGAGGCGGUCGCCCUUCCCCACGGGUUCCUGACCCCUUCCAAUUACUCCGACCGCUCGCCGUUGACGGAUGCCGGCAAUAUGCAGCCCAUCGAUGGAGCAUCGAUCGAGUCCUUUCCACGAUCCAGCGCACAGACGACCCGCUUCCCCUCCUUGGAUAACCCAGGAGCGCGCCUGGGCGACGACUUGGAAAAUGGCUUCAGCGGCCGGGACCGCGGCGAGAGUAGCACCCGGAGUAGGGCGCGGUCGUUGUCUCCGUCGGCGUCGGGGUCCGCGCUGCAACGUGCGAGCUCGAUGAUGAAAUCCAUGUCCCAGCGUGUCGUCAAUUUGAGUAACGAACCGGAGGUGGUCGAGCAGUCGAUUUUGCGGGAGGAAUUGCAGAAGAGUUCCCGACUCGAGGAGCCGCCGGUACUACCGACUUUGACCGAUUAUGCCCACGAUGCGCCACAUGGUCCCUCGAGAGACAGCCAGAAACCGAAGCGGAUAUCCGGGAAGAUUUGGAGGAUCUACAACAAUCCGCUGAAGGGGAAGUCCCUGAUGCUUUUCGGUCCAGAGAACCGCCUUCGGAUGGGACUCUGCGAUAUUUUGGUCCAUCCGUUUACGGAGCCCAUCAUCCUGCUGGUCAUUGUGAUCCAAACUGUUUUGCUGACAAUCGAAUCGUCAGCGUGGGUCUGGGAUGGGGAACAGUCGAAGCACUGGGGGGCAAACCCAAUGGACUACCCGUACUUCGCCAUCUUCAUCAUAUACACGCUGGAGCUGAUCGCCAAAAUCAUCGUGUCGGGGUUCAUCAUCAACCCGACCGACUACUCCACCAUCGACCGGUCACUGGGGCUCAAGAAGGCAAUCAUAGAGAAGGGCAAGAAUCUCAUCACUCCACAACGGCAGUUUUCUACGAAGAAGGCGUCGGUCAUGCCAGACCAAGCGCAAGCCUCUAUCAUACGGACCUUUACCGGUGGCCUUAACCAGAUGGAGCAGGAGGUUCCCACAGACGACCCUCUCCAGAAGCGCCGCGUGCGACUGGCCCACCGGGCGUUUUUGCGGCAUUCCUUCAAUCGUCUGGACUUUGUGGCGGUCGUGGCGUAUUGGAUCUCCUUCGUGCUCGCUGUGGUCAGUGUCGAAGAUAGGCAGCGACUCUACGUCUUUCGCAUGCUUAGCUGUCUGCGGAUCUUACGUCUUCUCGCCCUAACAAACGGAACCUCUGUCAUUCUCCGAAGUCUUAAAAAGGCCGCCCCCUUACUGGUCCACGUCGCAUUCCUCAUUGGCUUCUUCUGGCUGCUAUUUGCGAUUGUGGGUAUGCAAAGCUUUAAAUCCAGUUUCAGGCGAACCUGCGUUUGGGACGGUCAAGAUGGUCAGGAUAAGUAUCAUCUCAACGACGCAGCAGGUACCAUCCAGUUCUGUGGUGGAUUCCUCAAUGCAACAGGCCAUCCAAAUCCUUGGGAAAAUAAGGACGGCGAUCCCAGCCAUGCUGAACCGAAGGGUUACCUGUGCCCGAUAGGCUCUCGUUGUGUUGAACAGGACAACAAUCCGUUCAACAACACCAUGCAUUUUGAUGAUAUCGUGCAUUCGCUUGAGCUCGUCUUUGUCAUUAUGAGUUCCAACACGUUUACAGACCUCCUAUACUACACAACGGACAGCGACUACCUUGUAGCCGCACUGUUUUACGCGAUGGGGUUUCUCAUCCUCAGUCUGUGGAUGGUAAACUUGCUGGUUGCCGUCAUCACGCACUCUUUCCAGGUCAUUCGCGAGGAGAGCAAGCGCAGCGCGUUCGCCUCUCAGAAGCUCGACGGUGUCAAUACAGAGGACCUGUCCGCUCCGAAAAUCAGCACCUUUAAACGCUUAUAUGACAAAACCGAGUGGCUUUGGGUGUGUAUCAUCAUAUUUGAUCUUGUCGUGCAGGCACUGCGAAGUGCUAGUAUGAGUCAGCAUACAGAGAAUAUCAUCAGCAAUACGGAGAUAGUCGUCACUAUCCUCCUUCUCGCCGAGAUAAUCUUGCGCUUCGCGUCUGACUGGCGCAAGUUCCACACGAAACGGCGUAAUUGGACCGAUCUGGGGCUCGCCGUCAUCACGAGUAUCAUCCAAAUACCAGCCAUCCGGAACUCGGGACGAGCGUACACCGUUCUCACUAUGUUUCAGAUCCUUCGCGUCUACCGAGUCGUACUUGCCUUUUCCGUUACGCGGAACCUGAUCCAGGUGGUUUUCCGCAAUGCUACCGGUCUGCUGAAUCUGAUCGUCUUCGUGUUCCUGAUUACCUUUCUCGCGUCGAUCUUUGCAACCCAGCUUUUUCGCGGCCAGAUAUACGACGAGGACGUCAAUGGAAAUGAGGUCGAGAUCACGUUCUCUAACAUCUACAAUUCCUUCGUUGGGAUGUAUCGGAUCCUGUCGAGUGAGGGUUGGACCACGAUUUUGUAUUCGGUGACUGGGUUUACCCAGCAGUAUAACACGUCUUGGAUCGCGGCGACUUUUCUCAUUCUGUGGUUCGUCGUGGCAAACUUCAUCAUUCUGAAUAUGUUCAUUGCUGUCAUUCAAGAAAGCUUCGAUGUGUCAGAGGAUGAGAAGCGCCUACACCAGGUCAGGGCCUUCCUAGAGCAGAAGCAGGUCAACGCGUCUUCGCAAGGCAACCUAUCUCUCUCAAAGAUCCUCAUGCUGGGUAGGGACCCAGACCGUUACCGGGAUCCCCUGGACCACGGGCCGGCAGCCUUGGAGAUGCUGCUGAAAGACGCGGUCGUGCGGGAAUUUCUCGACGAGGAAGAAGGACCGAACGGGACUAGUCGGAGACAGAGCGAGCCGCUAGAUACUACAAGCACCACAGCGGAGACGUCUCAGCCAGGAAUUUUCUCGAGCAUGUGGACGAGGGUAACCUCGGCGAUCCUGGGUAGGGAGCCGAACCCGUUCUAUUCCAAGCUGCAACUUUCCCGGACGUACGAGGAACUGGAUCCGAAAGCUAUGGCCAGGGAGGUGGUGUCGGCUGCAGAACAACGAAAGCGAGCGCAGCGAGAGUAUCUGAUGCGGCAUCCCACGUACAACAAAUCGCUGUUCAUAUUUGCGCCCGACAACCCGGUGCGGAGACUGUGCCAGCGCAUGGUGGGACCGGGCCGCGGCAAUCAGCGGGUCGAAGGCGUCGACCCGUACAAGCCUAUCUGGUUUGCGUUGUCGGGUUUUAUCUACCUGGCGAUCGUUGCCAUGGUCCUGCUGGCGUGCGUGACCACGCCCAUAUACCAGCUCGAGCACCAUCAAACCGGCCAGAACGGCAUCAGAAACUGGUCCACUUACACCGAUCUGAGCUUUGCGAUUUUGUUCUCAUUCGAGGCCCUGAUCAAGGUCAUCGCUGACGGAUUCUUCUGGACCCCCAAUGCGUACUUCCGCGGCUCCUGGGGGUUCAUCGAUGGGAUUGUACUCGUCACUCUGUGGAUCAACGUCGCUAGCUCGUUCUCCGUAGGCUGGGACAUCUCCCGAGCCAUUGGGGCUUUCAAAGCUCUGAGGGCGUUGAGAUUGCUGAACGUCAGUGACAGUGCCAAAGACACUUUUCAUUCCGUCAUUAUUGUUGGAGGCUGGAAGGUCAUUUCCGCGGCGUCCGUCUCGUUGAGUUUUCUGAUCCCGUUCGCUAUAUACGGGGUGAAUCUAUUCAACGGCCAGAUGGUCGCCUGCAACGACGACAGCCUGGAAGGUCAGUUCUUGAACGAGUGUGUCGACGAGUACAUGAGCGAGCCUUACAACUGGGAAGUUCUGGCGCCGCGGGCGGCAUCGAACCCGGCUUACGACUUUGACAACUUCGGCAACUCCCUUUUCAUCUUGUUCCAGAUUGUCUCCCAGGAAGGGUGGACAGGCGUACAGUCCAGCGCCAUGAGCAUCACGGAGGUCGGCAAACAGCCGCAAAAUAACAAGGCGCCGGAGAACGGGCUCUUCUUCAUCGUCUUCAAUUUACUCGGUGCCGUCUUCGUGCUGACGCUGUUCGUGUCGGUGUUCAUGCGCAACUACACGGAACAAACGGGCGUGGCAUACCUUACGGCCGAACAACGGUCGUGGCUGGAGUUGAGGAAGCUGCUUCGACAGGUGUCGCCUUCCAAACGGUCGUUCGAUGCCAAGGUCAGCCAGUGGAAGAUGCGGUGCUAUCGAAUCGCGGUCAAGAAGCACGGUCGGUGGGCGAGAUGCGUCAGUACCAUUCUGCUUCUCCAUCUUCUACUGCUGAUGGUCGAAUUCUACCCUGAACGUGUACCCUGGGACAAUGUGCGAGAGGGACUAUUUAUCGUGUUCAAUCUCUUCUACAUCGCCAACGUUAUCAUCCGAUUGCUCGGACUCGGGUGGCAUCGAUUCAGCCGGAGCUCAUGGGAUGUAUUCGCGCUCGUGGUAGUGCCCGGGGCCCUGAUCACGACGGUCCUGCAUAUUGUCUAUUCGACAUUUGUGAUCGGGGAAUUGAACAAGCUCUUCCUGGUGGCCAUCGCGCUUCUACUGAUCCCUCGGAACAACCAGCUGGACCAGCUGUUCAAAACGGCAGCGGCCAGUCUGACGUCGAUCGGGAAUCUCCUGGCGACGUGGUGCGUGCUCUUCCUGGUCUUCGGCAUCGCCAUGAACCAGGCGUUCGGGCUGACGAAAUUCGGCGAAAACGAGAGCAACAACAUCAACUUCCGUGACAUUCCGCGCACGCUCAUCCUGCUAUUCCGAAUGAGUUGCGGCGAGGGGUGGAACGACAUAAUGGAGGACUUUGCGACGAUGGUGCCGCCGAAGUGCACGUUGAAUGAAGACAACUUUCUUCUGGAGGACUGCGGCAGUGCGGCGUGGGCGCGGCCUCUAUUCAUCGCGUGGAACAUCAUCAGCAUGUACAUCUUCGUGUCGCUCUUCGUAUCGCUCAUCUUUGAGAGUUUCUCGUACGUCUACCAGCGCAGCAGCGGACUCUACGCGAUCAGCCGCGAGGAUAUCCGGCGCUUCAAGCAGGCGUGGGCGACCUACGAUCCGCGCGGGGAGGGGUACAUCUCCAAAGAACAGUUCCCGCGGCUGCUGGGGGAGCUCUCCGGGGUGUUCGACAUGCGCAUCCACGACGGGGAGUACUCGAUCGGGCGCAUCCUGGAGGAGUGUCGGGUGGACCAACGGGAUUCGUCGCCCGUUGUGCUCAAUCGGGUAUUCGAGGGGGUGGAUCUGGACAAGCUGUCGUGCAUCUUGCGCGAUCUGCCGGUCGAGACGGUGCGCACGCGGCGGGCACGGCUCAAUACGUUCUACGAGGAGGUGCUCGUGUCAGCAGACCCAGCGCGCGGCAUCUCGUUCCACUCGUGCCUGAUGAUCCUGGCGCACUACAACGUGAUCAGCGACAGCAAGAGUCUACGGCUGGAGGAGUUCCUGCGGCGGCGGGCGCGGCUGCAGCGCGUGGAGGAGACGAUCCGGCGCAACACGGUGAUCGGGUUCUUCGACACCCUGUACUGGUCGCGAGAGUUCCGGCGGCGCGUGGACCACAAGAAAUCGGCGCGCAUGAGCAUGCCGCCGCAGUUCACGGUGCCGGAGAUCUUCGUCGACGACGGCGAGGAGCCCGACGAGGAGGACGCGCGGCGCAUGGCGCAGGAGGCGCUGGUCGGCGAGACCACGAUGCUGUCGCCGUCGUCGCCCGAGGCCGGGCCCUCGUCACCGCGGACGAGUGGCGGCGCCGCCCUGCCGCGCAUCGACACCUCGCUUGCGGGCGGACUGUCAGGUCGCAUGACGGCAACCAGCUCGCCGACGGAGUGGUCGAGCAUCAGCCCGUCUUUGUCACCGCGACGACCGCGGGCGCACACGACGUCGUCGUACGAUCCGGGGCCGGGGAUGGAAGACGAGCCACCCCUGUCGGCGGCGUUGUCGGACCGGUCCCGGCCGGACAACACGGCGAGCGUUCAGGAUGUGAUGCUGUCAUUCGGUGAUUCGGCAUGGGGCGAGAGUAUCCGUCGCAGCUUUACACAGCGACGACCCUCCGAGCGACGACCUAACCGACGACGACCGUCGGAGAGUUAG